AUGUUUUCGAUUUCCGCGAUUUUGUUCUGUCUCAAGAGAACACCAAGAGUUUUCGCGCUGCUCUUCAGUACUAUAACUAUUUUACUAUCAAUUUUCCUGCUAGUUGGCUGUUACAACAAUGCGAAUCUGUCAAUUUAUCUAGUCGACUAUAAGUUUGAGAAAAACUCUCCCUUUUAUCCGCUAAUUCAGAAGUCUUUUACCGCUACCCAGCCCAAUAAUCAAUCGCUUCAAGGAAUGGAAUCGGUCUCUAUCAAGUCUGGUUAUAUGGGUGUCUGUUUGUCAAAUUUACCGCAAAUAAAUGGCUCCAUAUGUUAUCCACGCAAAGAUCUAAUCAAUACUACUUACUACGACGAUCUUUCUAUCGAAUUAUUCAAUGUCCAAUCACCAAAAAAUAAUACGACUGCAUCCGCGAACAGCAGAAAUGUACCCAUAAAAUUGAACAUUUUGCAGCUUGCCGAGCUCACUUCUACUGAAAUAGUUCAUCCUUAUCUUUUGAUGGCAACUAUUAUACUUUCUGUCAUAAUGUUCCUACUUAUUCUUUACGUCACAGUUCCAAAAUCACCAAAAAAAUACAUCAUGAACAGGUUUCUUCUCAUUUGGACUUCUUCGUUGACUCUGCUGUGGGGAUUCGGAACUAUGUGGACGCAUGUGGCUAUGAAUGCAAGUUCAGAACUUGUACCUAGAGCAAGUCUCGGUAUCAUAUCUGCUAAAAAGGGUAAAAAAGCUGAAACAAUGUCAUGGUUCGUAUUCGCUUUCUUACUCUUGGAUUCACUAAUCUUAUGGUUCCUAUAUUUCAGAGACAGAAAGAAACUCAGUGACGAAAUUGACAAGCUGAAUUCAAGCAAUAGAUUCGUUUCAGAUUCAUCAACUCUGAAUUCAAAAGUUUAG